UGAUAGAAUAAAAUGUUUACUGAAUUAUACCAUAUUUAAUAGAAAAAGCAAACAAGUUUGUGUUCAAAGAUAACUGCUUCACUAAGAUGAAUAUUUUCUUUUCUCACAGUAAUACUUAAGAAGGAAAAACUGCAAAUAUACCUAGCUAACUGUACUAUAUUUGUAAGGUAAAACAAUCUUCUUAAUCUCUGAAGUGAUCAAUUUACAUUCAAAAGUCUGGAUUACCUGCUCUCAGUAGCAGAACUAAAAUAAUUAUGCCAACAUUAUCCAGCUCAUUAUGAUGCCAAUUGAUAUUGAACAAAUUCUUUCAGCGGACAGGCUCUCUUGAGAUACUUGUUCUUCUUCUGACUGAGGCACAUGGACCCUCUGGUAUCUUCUAUGCAGCCAAACAUAUUUGACUCUCCUGGCUAGCCCACAAUGUAUCUGCCACCUUGAUUGUUAUUCUCACUACUGUAUCAACCUAUAAUUUUUGCAUCUGAAUUUUUCCCCCCAAAAUAUAUUUUUCUUGAUUUUUAGAAAAAGAGGAAGGGAGAGGGGGAGAGAGAAACACCAAUGUGAGAAUGAAACAUUGAUUGGCUGUCUCCUGCAUGUCUCCUACUGAGGACUGAGAUGACAACCUGUGCAUGAGGCCUGGGUGGCAAUCAAACCAGUAACCUUUUGGUGAAUGGGAUGAUGCUCCAACCAACUGAGCCAUCUGGCCAGGGCUGCAUCUGAACUCUUUUUAAGAUAAUGAAUUUCAUACAUCUUCUGGGUAACAUAAUUUUUUACAUGUCCAAGUCUACUUUUUUCAACAUUAGAAGAAUAUCCUAAGGAUGGAGAAAGAGAGUAUCUAGAUUUCUGGGUUAGCUCCUAAUUUUAUGUUAAAGUUUUCUGGAUUUUCUGUAGCUUCAUCUUGUCUUCCGCUUCAUCUUGUCUUCCUUGGCAGGCAAUGGGUAAAAUUAUAUGCAAUAUUAUUUGUAUUGAGAUGGUACUAAUGUUUGGUUAUGCAUUUUCUUGGUUUCUUUGCCCUUUCUAAUUAUGACCCAUUUGUUGGCCUUUUAACCAAAGUUUUUUUGAAAACUAGAGUUCUGGGAAGGCCCUUACUGAAACCUAACUGUUCAUUCACUUCUUCCAGUCAUAGAGGCAGGUAUUUGGAUUGUUUUCAUUGAAUGAAUUGUUGUACACUUAGUUGGCACAUGUGUCUCUGCCACUUUCCUGCUGUGGUUCUUCAGGCUUGCCAUUCACUGUGGGGUAUGUGAAUCAGAGCCACAUUUCAGUGUAUAAAGAAAAAUUACUGCGGGUAUUAAUUAUGUAAAAACACCUAAUAUAGAUCCUAGGACAAUAUAGGCAUAGUAUUAAAAUAUACAUAUUUUUGGCUCUUUCCAAAUGUCUCUUCUGAAUAUCCUAAAGGAUACACCUAAUAGAUUCUUUAAUUUUAUCUUCAAUUUAGCAUGACUGCUAUCUUCCUGAUAUCCAUGCUAUUUGGCCUUCUGUGUGGGCAAGCAACGUCUUUCUGUAUUCCAACUGAGUAUAUGAUGCACGUUGAAAGGAAAGAGUGUGAUUAUUGCCUAACCAUCAACACCACCAUCUGUGCCGGAUAUUGUAUGACACGGGAUAUCAAUGGCAAGCAGUUUCUUCCCAAAUAUGCUCUGUCCCAGGAUGUUUGUACAUAUGGAGACUUCAUAUACAAGACUGUAGAGAUACCAGGAUGCCCACGCCAUGUUAGUCCUUAUUUCUCCUUCCCUAUAGCUGUAAGCUGUAAGUGUGGCAAGUGCAAUACUGACUAUAGUGACUGUGUACAUGAGAUCAUCAAAACAAACUACUGUACCAAACCUCAGCAGUCCUAUUUGGUGGGAGUUUCUAUCUAACUUCAAUAGACUGUAACUUGCAAUGCAGUUAAAUGUGUUUUCCUGGAA